CCGGCGUAACACUAUUAAUCAAAGCUUAAUGUCAUUUUCCAGGCGCAUACGUGUCCAGUUACUUAUCAAAUCAUAUUGGUCGUAAAUAUUGUUUUAUACUUGGCGGGUUUAUUUAUUGUUUUUCGUAUUUAAUAUUAACUUUGGCGGUGUCUACAAGUAUGAUAAUUGCUGGACGUCUCCUCGUCGGCUUCAGUUUGGGCUUCAUACAAAUACUCAUUUAUAUAUAUGUCGGAGAGAUUGCAUCACCAAAUAUUAGAGGAAUUGUUAUGACGUCAUUGAGCAUUUUCCAAUGCACGGGAUGUUUGAUCGGCUUCUGUUUGGGUCCGUACCUCUCCUACCUCCAGUUUGGAUUCGUGCCUAUAAUUUUAAUAAUAAUAUUCAUUGCGCUCAGCUUCUUCUUGAACGAAUCUCCAGUGUAUUUUGUUAUUAAAGGCGACGAAGAAGCAGCCAAAAAGGCUCUAAAUUACUUUGGUCGCAGCAAAGAUGUAAAUUACGAACUGAAAAUUAUGCUUCAAAAUGCAAAAGAGAACGCACAAGGAAAAAGAAAAUGGCUUGAACUGUUUCAGAGGAGUAACAGAAGAGCACUCCUGAUUAUUAUUCCAUUAUAUAUAAUCGAACAAGCGAGCGGUGUUAUAGCUGUUAUAUUGAAUGCAACAGCAAUUUUCAAAUUAGCCGGCUCAUCAAUUGAACCGGCAGUUGCGACCAUGAUAGUUGGCGUUACUAAUCUGACGGGAAGCUUAAUCUCGCCAUUUGUCGUAGAUAGGUAUGGAAGGAAGGUGCUUUUGUUGUUUUCAGCAGGAGGGUGCUGUCUGGCAAUGACUGCUUUAGGAACUUAUUUUUACUUUCGACAAAUGUUUCCGGAGUCUGUUGGAUCCCUGGGCUGGUUACCGCUUACUGCUUUAGUCGCAGCUCUGUUUACGUACAGCGUUGGUCUGACAAUAAUACCGCACGCUCUAGCAGGAGAAAUGUUUAGUCCGAAAAUGCGUGGGCUAGGCACCUCUCUAGGUUUGACAGUCGCCAAUGGCUCCGGUCUGAUAACCACCAGCAUUUAUUCUUACCUAGCAGUAAACGUCGGCAUCCAUUACGCUUUCUGGAUGUUCGCUGUCUUUGACUUGGUUGGCGUCAUCUUCACCAUCUAUGUCGUGCCGGAGACCAAAGGAAAAAGCUUAUCUGACAUUAACGCUAUGCUAGCAAAAUAAUUCUGAGUCGUGACUGGCAAUAGCCAACCUUUAAUUAUUUUUUAUUUUUUUAUUGCUUUGCCUUUAG